UUGCAAUCACACUGCAUGAUUUGGUGAUCAAUCAUCAGUCUUUUGUUUUUUUUUUUGUUUUUGGUUUGAAGAUGACCAAUAUUAUUAAUGUCCCCCAUUACUCCUUCCAAGUUCACAUUUCUUCUCUCCCUCUUCCCUCUUCCCGAUGCUCGCAGAGACUUCUGGCAAUCUGAUUCGUCCUCUUCAAUAUUGCUGCUGUGAUAUUAUUGUCCUACAAAUCAAAUCCCAGCUUCAAGUACUUUGCCACUUCUCUGGACCAAACCCACUAAAAAAAAAAAAAGUCGUUACCAUUGCCAUAUUCAUCAGCAGUAGACCAUCUUUUCUAGUGCCUGGUUUUGUUAAUGAGGUUAUUGUUAGUACCCUUCUCCUCACACCGCCACACACCUCCUCAGGUCCUAUUGGAUAUUGGGUUUGGGCAACAUGAUAAUGUCAUCAACAGCUUCACUCAUCUGAGUUCUUCCAAAUCCAACCUCAAAUCUAAUCCACGAACAGUUUGAGAGGCAGAGGAUGAGACAUUACUGCCUUUCCUACUCCUCUUGGACCAAUAUGCAGAUAGAAUGGCUUUUGUCAAGCCAAAUCCUAUUUGAGUUGUAGUCGUAGAACCAAUCUCAUUAUCAUCAGCUUCAUUUUGAGGCAAAUUAAGCAUCUGAUAGAGUAGAAGAAGUGUAGUUCUUGGCUGUUUGAGUGGUUGACCUCAUGUGCCUUGAAAGUGAUUUCGUGGAUGGGAAGGUCUUACCAUAAUUGCUGUAAACGGUUUCAGCAAUGGUAGUUAUUUGCUCUUAAGCGUGGAUUCUCAUACAUCCUCCUAAUGCUCUACUGGAAUAAAACCUCUUGUGGCAAUACUCAGAGUCCACUAAAUUGAGGAACAUGGUAUUGGUUUUGUUCUGAAGGCUUGGCCUUGCUAGAUUGAGCAUGACCGAUUAUACGUGCUAUAUUGUUGUUGGUCUCUGAGGUCUCCUGGUUCAGCUUCCUAGUAGGUUGUAAUUGAUCUCCAGCUAGUGUCUGAAACUGAGUCUCUGUCUUCAAUUUGUAGGAGAAAAGACCCUGGGUGUAGGUUAGCUCGGGUAAGGAGCAGUUCCCUUUAACUAAUUUUGAAAUUUUUAGUCUUAUGCAAUUAUUUUCAGAGAAGUCCUGUUUUCUCUUCCCCUGUCACAAUAGUAAACAAAAUUAAGGAAAUACAUUAAUACAUCACCCUCAAGGAUAGAGGGCAGCCAUUUAGGGAUUACAAUUUCAUAGCUCCACGUACAAGAUGCAAUAGCAUCAGCACCCUUAUAUAAAGCAUGGAACUAGAGCAAAACAAACUUCCUCAAGUUUAUGAACGAAAAAUCUAUUUGGACCUUUCUUACUUGACUUCCUGUUGUUUACUUCAGAAAUUUAAAUUUCUCAGACCCGUCACUGAAUAUUUCAUUUCUGCGUUGCCUCGUUUCUGUCAAUUUUCAAACAAAACGAUAAACUGGUUCAGCGUCCAUUCUUGUUAAGAAAUUGCUGAUUUGACUAAAUAUCUUUCAGUGAUACUUUGUCUUGCCAUAGGCUGGUUAAGUAGGAUUCCUGCCCAUAUCAUAUAUUUUCAUUUUGUGUCUGUUAUUAUACUAAGAUUACAUAAGAUGAGGUUGUUUGGCAUUGCACUGUUGAAGGAUAAUGGUAAACACCUAAACUUAAGAUUGAAGGAAGGUAAUGAUCUUCUCAGGUAUUAUAUGUUAUGUUUGUUUGUUUGUUAUCUGCCACUUGUUUGAUAGGGUAAACUGCUACUGUUAUCAAUAAUUUAUCUUGGAUCCACAUUCCGCAUAUAUACUGGUGGUUAAACUGAGUAUUACCCGCAAUGUUCGGCCCUAGAAACUUCUAGCCAGUGCACAAAUUGUGGUUUUUGAAAAUACUCAGAGACUCCACUAAAAGGUGCUUCUCUGACCUAGUUCUAUGUCUUCAUUAAAAUAUGAUAUCUUAAAAUUAUGUACCCUCCCAGUCUCAAUCUCUGUGAGCUUCAAACUUCACACUCAAAUUUCAUUCUAGCUGUGCCUGUAUCCUAUGAACCUUAAAUGGCUUUGAACCUGAUUCGGAUUGCUUCCCAUGAAGCUGAAAACCCCGUGGGCUGCUCUCUGAAGGAGGCCUUUGAGCUCCUUGAACCAAAACUAAGACCCCCAUUGGCAAUAACAAUCUCAACCCCACAGGAAUACUUGCUGCUCAACAAGGCUAUUUUGUAUGGAGUUCUAUGUGAAACCCAUUUUGCCAAAACACAUAUUAAGCAUUUACAUGCCAUUGUCACUGAUGGGUAUGGCUUGUUUGCUAGUUUGAUUGCUAAGGUUGUGAAUGAAUUGUACAUGAAACUUGUUGACCCAGUGAAGUGCCAGUUGAUUUGGGUUACUAAGGAGAUGAUUGAUGUUCAGGCUGUAGGCAUCCAUGGUUUGUUGGUUUGUUUUCUGAGGCAAAUUGUUGGUGGGGAUUUUAGUGAUGGAAAUUUGUGGCUGUGUUUUGAGAUCGUGAGCAUUUUUUUGACCAAAUGGGAUUCGCUCUUGGAAGUAGAACCAAUGAUUUUGACCAGUGGAUUGUAUACAUAUCUUCGGCUAGUAGCUGAUCACUAUAGAUUGCUAAGUAAUCCAAAGUUGGAAGCGUUAAAGCAAUUGGAAAUUGAUUUCUGCAUUAAAGUGUUAAGGGAGCAGUUUUCGGUCUGUUUAAAGAUUGGGAGGGAUCUUGUUCGGCUCCUACAAGAUGUGGUUCAUAUACCAAACUUUAGAGCUACGUGGAAAGAUUUGGUAUUGAAUCAAGGCAAGUUUAAGACUCCUGGUUUUUCUGUUAUUUCGCAGCUCUAUAACACAAGGACUUCAAGUCAAUAUAUUUUACUUCGGAUUUCACCAGAAAUGGAGACACAGUUGCGGUUUUUACUUACUUGCGUGAAGUUAGGGAGUCAAAAGCGUUACCAGGCAUGGUUUGCUAAGAAGUUUCUAUGUGCACCAAACAGAGAGACUUUGAUAGUUGACAUUGUCCGUUUUAUAUGUUGUGCACACCACCCACCAAAUGAAAUCAUACAAUCAGAUAUCAUUCCAAGAUGGGCUGUUGUAGGUUGGCUAUUGAAAUAUUGCACAAAGAAUUACGUCCAAGCCAAUGUGAAACUAGCUCUACUUUAUGAUUGGCUAUUCUUUGAUGAAAGAGUAGAUAAUAUAAUGAAUAUUGAGCCUGCAAUGCUACUGAUGGUGUACUCUAUACCCAGAUACAUUGAUGUGACUCACACACUUCUUGAGUUUUUGUUCCUUCUUGUGGACAGUUAUGAUGUGGAACAUAAAGAUAUAAUUAUUAGAGGCGUGUCUUCAUCUCUUCGUGUACUUGUCAAGAAAGGAGUGAUUCGCUCCUUUGAUGUGUUGACAUCUUGUGAUGCACUUUCUCCUGUAUUGAAAGAGAGGCUUGAUAGGUUUUUGUCAGGUGCGGAAUUGGAAAUUUAUAAAAGGCUGGAACAAACUAGAUUUCCCAGUCCCUUUGCUUUGGAGAAUUCCUCUUGUAUGGGAACUCCGACUCCAUCACCAGAACGUGAACGAGAUAGAUUUGCUAUAAAAUCAGCUGAUACUUCUGUUAUGAUAUCAGAUUUGCAAUAGGCUCAUCUUCUGGGUCACUCCGUGGGAACUCCUACACCAUCACCAGAACAGCAGUCUAAAUGCCGAGCCGAUAGGUUUUCUGCCAAAUCAGCUGAUACUUCUGUUGGGAUAAUAGGUGAUGCAGCUUCUUGUAGUCCAUCAGUAAUGGUCAGCAAUGAUCAAAUUCACAAUGUAGAGAAUUAAGAAAAAAAAGAAGGAAAGCCUUGUACUUGGAAGAUUAGCUGUUGAUGCAACUUGCUAUCUCUCUGAUUUAGUUAGAAUUUUUUUGCUAUCAACUUGUAAAGACUCUUAUUGAAUGAUCAGAAGCAUCUGAAGUUCUAGACAGAUUUAUAAUAAGAGAAA